UUGGCGAUGUUUUCACAUUCGGACCCCCAGAACGGCCUAGCAUCUGCUUCGGUCGCCUCCUUAAGAGACCACCAUGGGCCAAAUCGGCUGCCGGAUCCUCCCCGCCCAAACGCCCUUUACAUGCUCUGGCUGCAGCUCACCGAUCUGAUGGUCAUUAUACUUAUUAUUGCAGCUAUCAUUCAAUGUGCAGAGAAGGAGUUUAAUAGCGCGGCUGUACUGCUGGUGGUAAUUGUACUCAAUACCAUCAUUGGAUUCAGUCAGGAAUGGAAGGCCAGUAAGACGCUCAAUGCGCUCAUGAACUUAUCUGUACCAAUGGCCCAAGUUAUCCGUGAUGGCGAACAGCAGAUGAUUGGAUCAGAAGACCUUGUGCCAGGAGAUGUCGUCGUUCUUGAAGAAGGAGAAGCCGUUCCUGCCGAUUUACGGCUCAUUGAGGUCUCGCAACUUGAGCUCAUCGAGAGUAUCUUGACAGGCGAGAGUGUUCCCUCGUCCAAGAGCACCGACGCAGUCAAGGCAAAGUCUCGUCGUAUUCCACUUGGAGACUGUAUCGGAAAUGCGUUCAUGGCAACUACGGUUGCGCGUGGUCGCGGAAAAGGAAUCGUAGUACGCACUGGUGUACAGACAGAGAUUGGCAAGAUCAGCACGGCUAUCCAAAAAGGAUCUAAGCGCAAGACAAAAACUCCAAUUCAGAGAAAACUUGCCAGAUUAGGCCUGUAUCUUGUCGCACUAGCAGUUGUGCUCUGUGCACUUGUGGUGGUAAUUGGAAUAGCCUGGAAAAAAGAUGUCAAAACAAUGGUCAACAUUGGUCUAAGUCUUGCUGUAUCCGUAAUUCCAGAAGGCCUUGUUGCAGUAACGACAGUAACCAUGGCUUUGGGCGUACGUCGUAUGGCUACCAAACACUGCAUCGUGAGAACAUUGCCGGCAGUUGAAUCCCUCGGAAGUGUCACUGUCAUCUGUUCGGACAAGACUGGAACACUAACCCAAGGCAAGAUGGGCACAUCUGAACUUUGGACGGCCGACAAUGCUCUCUAUCGCUUUACAAAGUCUACCUCUAUGGAUCCUAGCCAAGGCCAGAUUUUGAUUGAACCCGCAGAGCUACACUACUCUGCCUUGCGAACCCAUCCUCUCGAUCCCACCAAUCCAAGUGCCUACACGUCCCAUCUCUUUUAUGCACUUAUGGUAGCCGGUCUUUGCAACAACUCGUCCAUCGUUCUUGAUGAGGAGACUGGCGAGUACACCCCGAUUGGUGAUCCAACCGAGAUUGCCUUGACCGUGGCUGCGCAAAAGGCUGGUCUAGGUCCUGCAUACUGGUCCCAGCAAGUCACAAAGGUGUUUGAAAGAGCAUUUGACAGUGAGCGCAAGUUAAUGAGCUCGAUAUAUGCCAGCACAGACAGCAACAAGAGCAAAAACAUAAAUGAUACCAGCAACGAAGUCUACGUAUUAUGCAAAGGCGCACCAGAAGAACUUACAGCCUACCAGGCGGUCCCUAUUACUGAAGAAUUUGCGGCUCUUGUGGCUGAUGAAAGUUCUCGGAUGGCAUCCCAAGGUCUUCGUGUACUCGGACUUGGUGUCAAGACUGCCAAAUUGACCCAGGGCUGGAAAGACACGGCUAGCAUAGAAAGUGAACCUAGUCUGUCUGAAGACGAGCUGGUAUUUGUUGGCUUGAUUGGAUUGCUGGAUCCACCCAAACAAGGCGUCAAAGAGGCUGUCCAGGUCUGCCAAGAGGCCGGUAUUCGAGUAAUGAUGAUUACUGGUGACCAUGUACAAACCGCGACUUCAAUUGCUGCUAAGCUUGGAAUUUACCAACAAGGUUGUCGAGCUAUUCUUGGUCGUGAGCUUGAUCUGUUGUCCGAAGAUGCACUCUUGGAACUCGAUCCCUUUCCAAAUGUGUUUGCACGUGUUAGCCCUGACAAUAAACUAACCAUUGUCAAUGCACUUCAGCAACGUGGAGAAUUGGUGGCGAUGACUGGAGACGGUGUGAACGAUGCUCCUGCUAUCAAGGCAGCCGACGUUGGUGUGGCUAUGGGUAUAGCUGGUACCGAGAUCACUAAACAGGCAGCAGACCUUGUCUUGUUGAAUGACAACUUUGCUACGAUCGUUGCAGCCGUUGAAGAAGGCCGACAUGUGUUUGACAAUAUUCUCAAGUUUAUCCUGUACCUCUUGAGCUGCAAUGGAGCAGAAAUCUUUUUAAUGUUGAUUUGUGCUAUUGCUAACCUUGAAACUCCUUUGACUGUUAUGAUGAUCUUGUGGGCCAACAUUAUUGCUGAUGUUCCUCCUGCCAUGGCCUUGGGUGUUGAACCAAAAGAACGGGAUCUUAUGAAGAGAUCUCCUCGAAACCCAAAGAUGGGUGUGCUCACAAAGGUUUCAUGGACGAUUAUCUUCUUUCAGUCUUUAAUGAUGGCUGCCUUGACAAUCGGAACAUAUGUU